GAAUUAUCUUCUUCUUGAAAAAUAUAACAAAAAGAAAAACUCAAACAAAUUUAAUUUGAAAAUAAAGCCCACGGCCACUCAUUUUUAGGGUAUAUGUGGAUGGGUCAUUAAAUAAAUAUCAUAGGCAAGCAGUGAUGCGUCUUUGACAAUUUAUUAACGACACAAGCGAAAGAAAGUUAAAAUGGACAACAAAAUUCGACCAUUAUCUUUGUCCUCGCAUUCCAAUUUCUUCUCCUCACUAAAACAGGUUGAGAAAAGGUUAAAAUUUGACCAAAGUGCACCGUUAGAAUCUAAAACAGAAGAAAGCAAUGUUUUAUCAAGAGGGUCUUUCUCUUUGAGUUCUCCGAUGUUUCUCCAGGUGGAGCAACCCAGUGGUAGCCAGAAUAUUCCCACCCAAGAUAGCAGUGAACCACCUCAAGCAUUCCUCUCGGUCUCCCCAGAAUUUCCACCAACCCAUCAAGACCCAUCUCAAACUAGUCCUUCUGAUCAUAUCACACCUCUAAAUCAAGCUCAAGAUGAUGACAUUGAACGGCUAAUGCAGCUCUUGGGCUUAUCAGAGGAACAAGCGGAACAAAAAGAUUGUUUUGAUGAUGGUUCUUGUCACUGUGAAGGUGGGUUUUAUUCGAAGAUUGUUGGUGUGGAAGGGCCAAAGUGUAGGAAGGAGGUGUUGAGGCUAGAAGGGUGGAUCAAGUACUUUCUGAAUGGUGGUGGAGAGGAGAAGCAAGAACCCUUACGAUUAGCACACUUGCUUUUAGGGAAAGCUGCCUUUAUUUCUGAGGGUGCUGGUGGUGGUUUUGGAGGCUUGGACUUCCCUACAACCAUUCAAGAAUUUCUUCAUACUGAUCCUCCCAGUAAUUGAGGCAUCCUAGCUACUUUUCUCCUAUUAGCGAUGCUUUUUUAUUUUAUGAUGUUCUUCUUUCUAAUUGUCAAAUGCAAAUGCAAUCAAUUAGUUGAAAUUGCACCAUGUAGUCUAUAAACAGUCCUAUAGUUACAUAAGUUCUGUUGGUAAAUCUUAAAUCUAGAACUGGAACUAUGAUUGCUCUGGUCUCUUCAUCCUAAGAGGACAAAGAAACAUCAGAGAAUAACUUUG